GUUCAUUUCCUUUUAUCAUCUUCAUCAUCAUCUUUCCUAGAGAGAGAAAAAAAAAACUCAAACAUAGAGAGAGAAAACUCAAUAAAACUCUCUCAAAUUUCAUCUUCUUCUCAAAUUUCAUUUCUAUAGAGUUGUGUACAAUAUUCUUAUUUAAUUUUGUUCAAAAUUAUGAGGGCAGGUUUGAGUACGAUUCAACAAACGUUAACGGCAGAGGCAGCAGCCGUACUAAACCACUCAAUAUCCGAAGCCGGUCGCCGUAACCAUGGCCAAACGACGCCGUUACACGUGGCAGCAACCUUACUAUCUUCACCCACCGGAUUUCUCCGGCAAGCAUGUAUCCGUUCACACCCUAAUUCAUCUCACCCGCUCCAGUGCCGAGCGUUGGAGCUUUGCUUCAGCGUCGCGCUGGAGCGGUUACCUACGGCACAGAAUAUGCCAUCGGGGACUGAGCCCCCGAUUUCUAAUGCGCUUAUGGCCGCUUUAAAGCGGGCACAAGCGCAUCAACGUAGAGGUUGUCCUGAACAACAACAACAGCCGCUUUUAGCUGUGAAAGUUGAAUUAGAACAAUUGAUUAUAUCUAUUCUCGAUGAUCCUAGUGUGAGUCGUGUUAUGCGUGAGGCUAGUUUUUCUAGCCCAGCUGUUAAGGCAACAAUUGAACAAUCGUUGACACAGACUGUGUCGACUCCGUUGAAUCAUAAUUGUCUUACUGCUUCUCCCGGUUUUCUUGGUGGUGCUCGCAAUAAUAAUAGUAAUGAUGUUACUUUGGCUACUUUUAAUACUUCUCUUGGUAGUUCUCGCAAUAUGUACUUGAAUCCCAAGUUGCAGUUGCAGCAUCAGGGUGGGGGUUUGGGUGGAGGGGGUGGGUUAGGGGUAGGGAGUGGAUUAGGGGUAGGGGGAUUGGGGAAUUUACAAAGGAGUGAAGAAGUGAAAAGGGUGUUGGAAAUUUUGUUGAGAAGUAAGAAAAGAAACCCGGUUUUAGUCGGGGAAGGCGAGCCGGAAAGUGUGGUGAAGGAGGUUUUAAGGAAGAUUGAGAAAAGGGAAUUAGGAGAAGGGGUUUUGAAGAAUUUACAAAUUGUUCAAAUGGAGAAGGAAUUAGAUAAAAACGAGAUUGUGAACAAGAUUAAGGAAUUGGUAGGGAUAAUUGAGGGGAAAAUUAGUAGUGGAGGAGUGAUUCUUGAUUUGGGCGAUUUGAAAUGGCUGGUUGAGCAACAGCAGCAACAACCAGCUAUGGUUUCUGAGAUUGGAAAAGCAGCAGUGACUGAAAUGGGAAAGUUAUUAGCGCGAUUUCGAGAGGGUAAUAAUAGAUUAUGGUUGAUUGGUACAGCAACUUGUGAGACUUAUUUGAGGUGUCAGGUUUAUCAUUCUACUAUGGAAAAUGAUUGGGAUCUUCAAGCUGUUCCUAUUGCUUCAAGAUCUCCUCAUCCCGGAAUAUUUCCAAGGCUUGGAAAUGAAAGAAUUCUUGGAAAUUCCUUGGAUCCUAUGAAUCCACUGAAGAGCUUUACCUCCGCCCCAGUGCCUGCGUUGCUGAGGUGUUUACCGGAGAAUUCAAAUCCGAGAUUGAGGACGUCGUGUUGUCCCCAGUGCAAGGAGAAGUUUGAACACGAGUUGACGAAACUUGUAUCCGAGUUUGAGAAUUCAUCUGCUGAAGAAGCUAAAUCAGAAUCUCCUCGACCGCAGUUGCCUCAAUGGUUGCAAAAUGCCAAGCUAAAGAAUGAUACUAAAGUAACUGCUCUGUCACAGAGUAAGGAUCAAGGACUUUUGCAGCAGAAGACUCAAGAACUGCAAAAGAAGUGGAACGAUACAUGCUUGCAGCUUCAUCCUAAUUUCCAGCACAAUGUUGGUCAUGAAAGAACAGUAGUAUCACCUGUUCUCUCUAUGCCUGGGUCGUAUAACCCGAACCUGCUUUUGCGUCAACCUUUACAGCCUAAGCUACAACCGAGCAGAACCCUGGGAGUGAGCCUGCAACUGAACACCACCCAAAUGGCUAGCCAACCACCGGAAAAGGCAGCGGCUAGUCCUCCACGCAGUCCUGUUAGGACCGACUUGGUUCUAGGUCAAAAACCGAGCGGAACUACCGGUGAGAAAACUUUGGAAGAUCAAGCGAAGGACUUCCUCAGCUGCAUAUCUUCUGUGCCUCAAAACAAGUUACUUGACAAAUUUGCUAGUGCGUUAGAUGCUGAUACAUUUAAAAGGCUUCUCAAGGGUCUAAUGGAAAAAGCGUGGUGGCAGCGAGAUGCAUCCUCUUCUGUAGCUUCCGCUGUGUCAAGGUGCAGAUUGGGGAACGGGAGACAGCGCGGUGGUGCACCAAAGGGUGACAUAUGGCUGUUAUUCACUGGUCCCGACAGAUUUGCCAAGAGAAAGAUGGCAUCAGUUCUUGCUGAGCAAACGUGCGGAAACAGUCCUAUAAUGAUAUGCCUUGGUUCACGACGAGAUGAUGAAGAGUCCGACGUAGGUUUCCGUGGCAAAACAGCUAUAGACCGUAUCGCAGAGGCUGUCAGGAGGAAUCCACUUUCAGUUAUUAUGCUCGAGGAUAUAGAUGAAGCAAAUGUGCUAGUUCGCGGGAACAUAAAACGAGCCAUGGAGAGAGGUAGGCUUACUGAUUCACAUGGCCGUGAGAUAAGUCUCGGCAAUGUUAUAUUCAUCCUUACCGGAAAUUGGUCUGCAAUGAGCCCCGAGAGUUACAGGAAUGAGUAUUUGAUGGAAGAAAAGAAGCUCAUCUCACUAGCUAGUUCCAAUUGGCAGUUAAAGUUAACAGCGGGUGAAAAGAGUGCUAAGCGAAGAGCGAGUUGGUUGCAUGAUGAAGACAGGCUUACAAGACCUAGAAAAGAAUUGAAUCUAGGACUUUCGUUUGAUCUUAAUGAAGCAGCAGAUUUUGAGGAUUAUAGAACUGAUGGAUCGCACAACUCGAGUGAUCUAACUGUUGAGCACGAAGAAGAACCCGGCCUUGAAAACAGGCGAUUCUCAGUUACAUCAGUUCCUCACGAACUCGUCAGUUCAGUGGACGAUACCAUACAAUUCAAGCCGAUUGAAUUUCCCUUUGCUCGACGUGAGAUCAAGAAAACAAUAACCACGAAAUUCUCAAUGGUCGUCGAUGACAAGGUCUCAAUUGAAGUGGAAGACAAUCUAGUAGACCGGAUACUAGGUGGAUUAUUCCGUGGUCGGACAAGCCUAGAACAAUGGGUUGAGAAAGUUUUAGGGCCAAGUUUCGACGAAAUCCAGCCCCGGCUAUCCUCGUCCGACGAGAACAUUAUCGUUCGACUUCAGCUUGAACUGCAUACAGACUCCAAUGUCCAUAGCAAUGGAGAAUGUCUACCUAGUAAAGUCACAAUAGUGGAAGAUGGGCAGUAGUGAAAUGGUAUUUUCCUCAAUUCCUCUUGGGUAUAUUUGUAAAUAGGAAAGACUUUGUGGCUGUGGAACAAACAAAACAGGAUAGAGAGAGGGGGUAAAAAAGCAAAAGAUUUACCACAAAAGAGUGAGAUGUUGAUAAAUUAGGGAAAAUCUUGAAAGGUCUCGAGCCCUUUUUUUUCUUUCAAUAUUUUUGUUUUUAAUAGUUUUGAUGUUAUAGUAAAUCUUGUACUAGAUAUUUAUUAUUAUGAGACAUGAUUAAUAAGAUGGAGGAAUUCCUCCUUUGGAAAUUCUCCAUUUUCCUCUGUAUACAUCUCUACAUUGUUUGCCAUUCGA